CCUGAGGGAUAGACACAGAAAGUAAGAAGAUACGGCUAUGAGAUGGCGAGGAAUCUCAGUGUACUGGAAGUCCUUCUGAUCAUCUUCUUGCUAAUUGUCUUGGCCGUAGAUGUCUUCUUGAUGUUUCUGGUGUUCGAGAAUACGUCAGACGAUCCAUUUAUUCCCCAGUGCCCAGAGAUCCCCGAAUCAGAACGGAUAGACUGCGUGGCUGGCCAGGUGGUGACAGAGGAAGUCUGCAGAUGGCAAUACAAGUGCUGCUGGAAGGCCGUACCAAACAUUGACGUCCCGAGGUGCUUCUUCCCCAAGAACUGGGGCUAUGAAGUCAGGAAUGGCCUUAAAAAUACAAGCACAGGGUUUACUGCCCAGUUGGAAAGGGUGCCAACCCCAUCUCUGUUUGGAAAUGAUGUUGUCAACGCCCUCUUCACAGCUGAAUAUCAGACAUCCAGUCGUUUUCACUUUAAGAUCACUGAUGCCGAUAACAGACGCUAUGAAGUCCCCCAUGAAAAUAUUAAUCUGUUUAAUGAGACUGUUGGUACCUCCAAUUUGAGCUAUCACAUCAAGGUCAUGGAGAAACCCUUCAGCAUCCAAAUAAUAAGGACGAGCAGCAAAAGAAUCCUGUUGGACACAAGCAUCGGGCCCCUCCAGUUCGCCCAGCAGUACCUGCAGCUGUCUUUCCAGCUGCCCAGCGCCAACGUGUACGGGCUAGGAGAACACGUGCACCAGCAGUACCGCCACAACCUGGCCUGGAAGACCUGGCCCAUCUUCACCCGCAAUGCCGCCCCCACCCAGGGCAUGAUUAAUCUGUACGGCGCUCACACAUUCUUCCUGUGCCUUGAAGACACCAGUGGCUCGUCUUUUGGGGUGUUCCUGAUGAACAGUAAUGCUAUGGAGGUCACCCUUCAGCCUGCUCCUGCAAUCACUUACCGCACUAUCGGGGGCAUCCUUGACUUUUAUGUGUUCCUGGGAAAUACUCCAGAGCAAGUGGUUCAGGAAUACCUGGAGCUCAUUGGACGACCAUUCCUGCCUUCUUACUGGAAUCUUGGAUUCCAGCUUAGUCGCAGGGAUUACGGUAACCUCGAGGGACUGAGAGAGGUUGUAAACCGAACUCUUAAAGCUGGGAUCCCAUAUGAUGUCCAGUAUUCUGAUAUAGACUACAUGGAUGGAAAGAAGGAUUUCACUAUUAACACAAAUGAUUACGGAGGUCUCCCAAAUUUUACCAAGAGCUUACAGGAACAUGGACUAAAAUAUGUCAUUGUUAUGCAUCCUGGCAUUUUAAGUGAUCCUGAGAACAGAACCUAUGUGAAUGGAAAUAAAAAGAGAGUAUGGAUUUUCAGGGACAACGGUUUUUUCAUGGAGCAGGGGCCUUCCAACACAUCCAACGUCGUCUUUCCUGAUUUCAUGAACCCAGUCUGUACUCAGUGGUGGACAGAAGAGUUCAAAAUGUUUCAUAAAACUCUGGAGUUUGAUGGAGUGUGGAUUGACAUGGAUGAAAUAUCGAACUUUUACCCAAAUUCUGAUCAUCGAUGUGAAGAAAACAGUUUGAACUAUCCUCCUUUCACUCCUCGCAUUCUGGACCGCAUGCUUUUUGCAGGAACCCUCUGCAUGGAUGCCGAGUUUUAUUGGAGCUUUCAUUAUGAUGUCCACAGCUUGUACGGCUACUUUAUGGCAAGAGCCACAGACUCGGCCUUGAAGCAGAUCUUCCACAAUAAGAGGAACUUCAUCUUAUCCCGUUCUACUUUUGCUGGAUCUGGCAAAUUUGCUGCUCAUUGGUUGGGAGACAACGCAGCCACAUGGGAUGAUCUCCGAUGGUCCAUCCCGAGUAUCCUUGAGUUCAAUCUGUUUGGCAUCCCCAUGGUUGGUGCCAACAUCUGUGGUUAUUCACUAAAUGUCACAGAGGAACUCUGCAGAAGAUGGAUGCAGCUUGGAGCAUUUUAUCCACUAUCAAGGAAUCACAAUGGGCCUGGGUUCAGGGACCAGGACCCUGCUGCCUUUGGUGAAAACUCUCAGCUGCUGAUUUCCUCCCGACAUUAUCUGAACAUCCGCUACACCCUGCUGCCCUAUCUCUACACCCUUUUCUACCGCGCCCAUAUCUAUGGCGAGACUGUAGCGAGGCCUCUGGUCCAUGAGUUCUACCAGGACCCAGCUACCUGGGAGGUGCACGAGCAGUUCUUAUGGGGGCCUGGACUCCUCAUCACGCCUGUUCUUUAUGAAGGUGUGGACCGAGUGAAAGCAUACAUACCAGACGCCAUCUGGUACGACUAUGAGACACAAGUAGCCGUCCAAUGGAGGAAACAGUUGGUGGAGAUGCUGCUGCCUCCUGAUAAGAUAGGACUUCACCUUCGAGGGGGCUACAUAUUUCCCAGCCAGCAGCCCAACACGACCACAGAGACAAGUCGGAAGAAUUCCCUGGGACUCAUUAUUGCCUUGGACUAUAAGAGGGAAGCAAAGGGCGAGCUGUACUGGGACGAUGGUGUGUCUGCAGAUGCUGUAACCGAAGAGAACUAUAUUCUGUAUAAUUUUUCUGUCACCUCUAACCAUCUACAGGCAAAAACUAUACGUCAUAAUUAUGUGGACCCUGACAACCUCAUGUUUACAGAUAUCAUAAUCUUGGGAAUGGACAAGCAACCUACCAAAUUUAGCGUCGUAGUUGAGGAUGUUAACACCACCAUUUCAAACGUUUACUACAAUGCUUCAUCGAAGGUGGUGAGAAUCACUGAUCUCAAGAAACUGGCCCUGGGAAAAAAUUUCUCCAUUGCAUGGCAUCUUCUGGUCAGUGACCUGGAGAAGUUCAACUGCUACCCCGAGGAGCCCGCUGCCUCUGAGAAGAUUUGCAGCCAGCGGGGUUGCCUUUGGGAGCACACAACCGUUCCUGGCGUACCCACCUGUUUCUAUGACACCGUCCCUAAGUAUGCUGCCAGUAACAUUCAGUAUUUGCCCACUGGCAUCACCACAGACCUUACCCACCUGACGGCCUCUGAGUCAACGCGAGCCGCGUCAGCACCACGGGACACGCAACCCCCAUCCGCAGCAAAGGCGGCUGCCUCCGAUCCUCUCUCUGCUGAAACCAGCUUCCUUAACCUCAGGGUGAUCUAUCACACAGAAAGCAUGCUGCAGUUCAAGAUCUAUGAUCCCACUAAGAAAAGGUAUGAGGUGCCAGUGCCUCUGAACACCCCUCGCUCUCCUGUUGGCUCCCCUGAAAACCGUCUGUAUGAUGUCAGGAUUCAGACCAAUCCUUUCGGGAUCCAGAUUCGACGAAAAAGCUCCGACACUGUGAUUUGGGACUCUCAGCUCCCCGGCUUCACCUUCAACGACACGUUCCUUUCCAUUUCUACGCGCCUCCCCUCUCCGAACAUCUAUGGCUUUGGGGAAACUGAGCACACGACUUUCAGAAGAAACAUCAGCUGGAACACGUGGGGAAUGUUUGCUCGAGAUGAGCCACCAGGGUACAAGAAGAAUUCCUAUGGCGUCCACCCCUACUACAUGGCACUGGAGGAAGAUGGCAGCGCCCACGGGGUGCUCCUGCUAAACAGCAAUGCCAUGGAUGUGACAUUCCAGCCCACACCUGCCCUCACAUACCGCACCACAGGAGGGAUUUUGGACUUUUAUAUGGUUUUGGGGCCAACCCCCGAGCUUGUAACUCAGCAAUACACCGAGUUGAUUGGUCGGCCAGCAAUGAUUCCGUACUGGGCCUUGGGAUUCCAGCUGAGUCGCUAUGGGUACCAGAAUGACACUGAAAUCUCCAAUUUGUACGAUGACAUGAUGGCAGCCCAGAUUCCCUAUGAUGUGCAGCACGUAGACAUAGAUUACAUGGACCGGAAGCUGGACUUCACCCUCAGCACCCACUUUCAAAACCUCGGUCUCCUGAUUGAGCGAAUGAAGAAAAAUGGCAUGAGGUUUAUCCUCAUUCUGGAUCCAGCCAUUUCUGGCAACGAGACCCAGUACCUCCCUUUUACCAGAGGGCAGGAGAACAACGUGUUCAUCACAUGGCCCAACACCGGUGAUGUUGUCUGGGGAAAGGUUUGGCCAGAUCUACCCAAUGUGAAUGUGAAUGGCUCCCUUGACCAUGAAACUCAGGUUAAGCUCUACAGAGCCCACGUUGCUUUCCCUGACUUCUUGCGUAAUAGCACAGCUGCAUGGUGGAAGAAGGAAAUCAAAGAGCUCUACGUAAACCCUCGAGAGCCGACGAAGAGCUUGAAGUUUGAUGGAUUGUGGAUCGAUAUGAAUGAGCCAUCAAACUUUGUGGAUGGAUCUGUCAGGGGCUGCAGUGAUGAAACUCUUAAUAAGCCACUCUAUAUGCCACAUUUGGAGUCCAGAGCCAAGGGCCUGAGCAGCAAAACCCUGUGCAUGGAAAGUGAGCAGAUCCUGCCAGACGGCUCCCCGGUGCAACACUACAACGUGCACAGCCUGUACGGGUGGUCCCAGACCAGACCCACGUACGAAGCUGUGCAGGAGGUGACGGGACAACGAGGGAUCGUCAUCACCCGCUCCACGUUCCCCUCUUCUGGCCGCUGGGGAGGCCACUGGCUGGGAGACAACACGGCCGCGUGGGACCAGCUGAAGAAGUCCAUCAUUGGCAUGAUGGAGUUCAGUCUCUUUGGAAUACCUUAUACAGGAGCAGAUAUUUGUGGGUUCUUUGGAGACGCUGAAUAUGAGAUGUGUGUUCGCUGGAUGCAACUGGGGGCCUUUUACCCAUUUUCCAGGAACCACAACAGCAUCGGGACACGGAGACAAGACCCUGUGGCCUGGAACUCGACCUUUGAGAAGUACUCGAGAGACGUCCUGCAGACCAGAUACACCCUGCUGCCGUACCUCUACACACUAAUGCACACAGCUCAUGCCGAGGGCAGCACUGUCGUCCGACCCCUUUUCCAUGAGUUUAGCGAUGACAACACCACAUGGGCUAUAGACGAUCAGUUCAUGCUGGGCGCUGCCAUCUUGGUCAGCCCCGUGCUGCAAAGGAACAUUUUUGAGAUCCUCGCUUAUUUUCCCAGAGCCCGUUGGUAUGACUAUAGCACGGAAUCGGGCAACGUGUCAACAGGCGAGUGGAGACUCCUGGAGGCCCCCCUUGACCGCAUCAACCUGCACGUCAGAGGAGGCUACAUCCUGCCUUGGCAGGAGCCUGCCAUGAACACUCAGUCCAGUCGACAAAAAUUUAUGGGAUUAAUUGUUGCUUUGGAUGACAACGGAAAAGCUGAAGGCCAGAUGUUCUGGGAUGAUGGAGAAAGCAUCGAUACCUAUGAAAAUGGCAACUAUUUCUUGGCAAAAUUUACAGCAGCUCAGAACACACUGAAAAUCCAGACCAUACACAAUAAGUAUUUGAGUGACUCGAAUCCAUUGAAAGUUGGGUAUAUUAAAAUCUGGGGACUGCUCUCUUCUUAUGUGACACAAGUCACUGGUACCUAUGACAACAUGCAAAUCACGGGGAUGUCUUUCAAAACUGACCUCAACAAACAGACACUAACUAUACAAUUGACUGACAAGAUUAUCAGCCUGGAAAAGUUAACUGAGGUUACUUGGAUUUACCGUGAUCCUACAGUUUCUACUACAGUUAUGACGAGUUCGCUACCUCCUUCUACAUUUACUACUGAGGCUACCACUUCUGAGACUAUUACCACUAGUUCUGCUACUAUAAGUCCUACCACUGCUAGCACUAGUACUGCCUUUCCAUUCACAACCACUCCAUUCUCAACAAGUGCUAUAGGAGUUACAUUUAGUACAACUGUUUCUGAGAUCACUACCCCUUUCCCUACAAGUACUACUACUGCUAGCACUAGUACUCCCUUUCCUAUGACAACCAUUCCUUUCCCAACAAGUACUAUAGGAGUUACAACUGGUGCUACUGUUUCUGAUUUCACUACUCCUUUCCCUACAGGAACUACUGGUAGCACUAGUACUGCCUUUCCAUUCACAACCACUCCAUUCUCAACAAGUGCUAUAGGAGUUACAUUUAGUACAACUGUUUCUGAGAUCACUACCCCUUUCCCUACAAGUACUACUACUGCUAGCACUAGUACUCCCUUUCCUAUGACAACCAUUCCUUUCCCAACAAGUACUAUAGGAGUUACAACUGGUGCUACUGUUUCUGAUUUCACUACUCCUUUCCCUACAGGAACUACUGGUAGCACUAGUACUGCCUUUCCAUUCACAACCACUCCAUUCUCAACAAGUGCUAUAGGAGUUACAUUUAGUACAACUGUUUCUGAGAUCACUACCCCUUUCCCUACAAGUACUACUAAUGUUAACACUAGUACUGCCUUUCCUAUCACAAAUACUCCUUUCCCAACAAGUACUAUAGAAUCGAAUAGCCCUACUACUUUCCCUACAAGUACUACUACUGCUAGCACUAGUACUGCCUUUCCUAUGACAACCAUUCCUUUCCCAACAAGUACUAUAGGAGUUACAACUGGUACUACUGUUUCUGAUUUCACUACUCCUUUCCCUACAGGAACUACUGGUAGCACUAGUACUGCCUUUCCAUUCACAACCACUCCAUUCUCAACAAGUGCUAUAGGAGUUACAUUUAAUACAACUGUUUCUGAGAUCACUACCCCUUUCCCUACAAGUACUACUACUGCUAGCACUAGUACUGCCUUUCCUAUCACAAAUACUCCUUUCCCAACAAGUACUAUAGAAUCGAAUAGCCCUACUACUUUCCCUACAAGUACUACUACUGCUAGCACUAGUACUCCCUUUCCUAUGACAACCAUUCCUUUCCCAACAAGUACUAUAGGAGUUACAACUGGUGCUACUGUUUCUGAUUUCACUACUCCUUUCCCUACAGGAACUACUGGUAGCACUAGUACUGCCUUUCCAUUCACAACCACUCCAUUCUCAACAAGUGCUAUAGGAGUUACAUUUAAUACAACUGUUUCUGAGAUCACUACCCCUUUCCCUACAAGUACUACUACUGCUAGCACUAGUACUGCCUUUCCUAUCACAAAUACUCCUUUCCCAACAAGUACUAUAGAAUCGAAUAGCCCUACUACUUUCCCUACAAGUACUACUACUGCUAGCACUAGUACUCCCUUUCCUAUGACAACCAUUCCUUUCCCAACAAGUACUAUAGGAGUUACAACUGGUACUACUGUUUCUGAUUUCACUACUCCUUUCCCUACAGAAACUACUGGUAGCACUAAUACUGCCUUUCCUAUCACAGCCACUCCUUUCCCAACAAGUGCUAUAGAAGUUACAACUACUACUACUGUUCCUAAUAUUACUACUCCUUCCCAUACAAAUUCUACUUCUGAUAGUACUCAUGCUGCUCUUCCUAUCACAACCUCUCUUGUCCCAACAACUGUUGCUGACACUAGCACUGAUACUGCUGGUCUUAUAGCCACUACUCUUUUCCCAACAGAAGGUGAUACUACUAGCACUACUAAUACGGUUCCAAGUACAACUCCUUCUCUUACAAACAGCCUCACUACCGGCAGUACAACAACGGGUACCUUUAACUCCACAUAUACUACGUUUGCUGUAACAAGUGGUACAGGCACACCAGUCUCUACUACCCAAGGCCUUAUGUCAUUUCCCCCUACUACCACAGACACCACACAGCUGACCACUACCCAUUCUGCUACUACUGCAACACAGGCCCUAAGCCACACAACAUUAACUGCCACUAAUUCUCCUAACCCAGGCACCAUCAACACUACUUUUGCAAGCACUGCAUCCACUAGCAUGGAUCCAGUUACUACAAAUAUUUUAAAUAUUACCACUGCGGGAAACACAAAAGCAACUACAGGCAUCACUGCAGUUUCUAUGAUUACAAAUGCUGCUUCUGUGCAAAUGACUACUCAGGUCAUUUCAACUCUACAUCCUAUAGGGACUUCUGGUAACACUACCACAGAUAAUGUAUCUCCAACGGCACCGACUGGAAUCAUUACCACUACGUAUCCUCCAGAUAGCUCUACUCAUGCUUUAAAUACCACAUCCAUGAGCACUGAAAGCACCACGAAUGCAAAUAUUACUAAUAUGGUAACUGGUGUUACUAACAUAAGUACUUCCACUAGACACAGUCCAACAACUGUUGAUGUUAACAUUACAACUAUUCCUGCUAUGAAUACUUUUUCUGCUACUCCAGACACAAUAAUUUCCAGUAUUGAAGACUUUGCCCCUCCCUCACAUAUAAAAAGUGCAGAAAUUGAACCUACUCCUGAAGUGACUAGAAAUGCCACUACUGCAUAUACUACCACCAGUAUCACUACAAGUAUUUUCAGCACAAAAACUACAAAUUCCUUGACUACUUCUGACACAGUCCUUACAAACACUUACAUCCCUAGUACCACAGUGAAUCCCACCACCAAUACUACAGGGCAUGUUAUAAAUAUUACUGAUGUGGAUGGCACCAGUAGUGUUCCAGGUGAAACGACACAUAUUUCUCUUCCAAAUACCACAACAGUAUCAAACACAUUAACAUCUGCUCUUCCAGCUACCGCAACUCACCAUAUGGUAACAACAAAUUCUACAGCCAGUUAUUUACCUGUUAUUGCAACUAAUGCUACCACAGAUACUACGAGUAUUACCAUGUAUGCUUUAAAUACUACCACUCCUGACAGAACAACAAUAGAUGCUUCUGCUACUGCAUCUACUUCUAUUGCAAAUACCACAAGUACUGCUCCCUGAUUACUACUCAAGGCAGGAUAAUUACUACAGACGUCUCUUUAAAACAACAUUACAGAUACAGAAAAUCAAUCAACAGGUACAUGAGCUUAUGCUACAUAAGUUUUCACAAAUAUUAUAUUAGUCCUAGCUUUUAUAGAUAUGGCUACUCCAAGCACUGUGGACGUUGAAGAUAUAUCUAGACAUGUAUCUAUUACUAAGUUUGUGGAUACUUCUUUUGGAACCAAAAGAUAUACUACUAUUUUUUUAAUUAUAACUCUUAAGCCCCAUCAUUAAGCUUUAGAUAUUUUAUACAUCCUAGCUACAGACCUCACAGAUGAUUUGGUAUCUCCGAUAAUAAUACCACAUUAGGAUCUGUGAAUACUAUUGCUUUAGCUUAGUCACUGAAAUAACCCAACCUGUUCUUGAGUCUCAGAACAUAAUAACAUUAAUUGAGAGUACUGGUGGUACCCAGCACUCCUAUAACUGCUGGAGCAAUCAUUAUUAAUAUUACAGUACAUUAUUUCAUUGCUCAUGCUAAAAAUCACACUUUAUUUUCCUCUGGACUUUUCCAAAUGCUAUGACUACCAAUAUAGUAACUUGCUAUUAUACAUAUUGAAAGUGUUAUUGCUUGCUUCUAAAGAGAUCCUAUCUAUAGCUAUAGAUGUGAAAAAUGCCACCAUUGUAGAUCUCCUAUACAGUUUGACUCCAGGAAUUGAAAUAAAUUAGGAAUAUUAUAGGUUUCUUUUACUCAUAGAAAAUAAAAGUAUGAUAGUAGAUGUUAAAAACAUAACUUUCCAAACUUUGCCACCUUUACUUUGCAACCAAACUUUGCAACAUUACUGCCAUAGGUACUACUGAUACUCUUUCUACAGAUUUGAUAAGUACAUCUAUUUAUAGACAUUAAAAGUACUUCCAGGAAAUUACAAUGAAUCUUACUUAUGAGAUAGUCAUUGGCCCUUGCUAUUAGCACUAAUGGCUGAAUUCACUUACAAGGUUUUGUUUCUUCUACAGACCAGAAAUCACGCAGACGGAGAUGAGUAUGUAAAGAUGUAGUGUAGGGGACAGUCUUUUCCCUGAAAUCAGAAUUCAUAACCUUAUUUGCUUUUCCUUUUAUCUACCAGCUUCUCCUUUAAUAUUUUACUGUCCAGUCUCUCCUUCAGUGUGUUAGGACUUUCAGCAUGUUCUUGACCCUUCACAUCCAAAUUCACCAUUUAUCUUUAAUCUGACUUUCUUAGCUCCCCCGGACCCCCAUGAAUAGACUUGUGACCAUAACCAAAUAUAGGCAGCUGAGUGCUCGGGGAGGCUCAAUUCUAGGACAGCAUCCUCAAAAUGGAGUUUGGGAACCCAUGGGAGGGCCCCAAACUCUUUCUGGGCUCCAUAGGGUCAAAUCUGUUUUCAUAAUACUAUGUUGUUAUUAGCCCUUUUCGCUCUCAUUCUCUCCUUACUAUGCAGUGGCAUUUUCUAGAGUCUCUAUGCUGUGUGGUGUCACAAUAGAUGAAUAGAAAGACAAAGACAAGAAUCUGUCUUCUAUUAAGCCACACAUUACACAGAUUUAUAAAAUAUAAAAUAAUGUCAGUCUUUUCACUAAUUCUUUUGCUUUG